AUGUCCAACAAGCGUCCUUCAUUAGUCCCUCAGAAAGGACCUGGUUCUUUUAAAAAACCAAGAGGUAACCACGAUGAUACCCCAGAGCCCUCAAAGUUCGAGCAGGAACUAAUGUUGUUGGAUGACAUCGAGACUGAAGAUAUAGCUUUGGUGGACGAAAGUUCUGCUUUGUCUCAUCUAGACUUUCUAACGAAUUCGCAUUGGCCAAGACGUAGGUUGGAGAAGUUGGAUCCAAAUAAGGACAGUAUUAUUUUCCAGCAGUUUGAUGUGUCACAUUAUAAAGGUGAACAUCUAACUGGUAUGCCUGGUGCUACUCAAGGUCCUGUACCAAUUAUACGUUUGUUCGGUAUAACUGAAAAGGGUCAUAGUGUAUGUGCGCAUGUGCAUGGUUUUCUACCAUAUUUCUAUGUACCAGCACCGAAAGAUUUUUCAACGGAUCAUUUGAAUGCUUUUCGUGAAGCCUUAAAUUCUAUGUUAUUAAAAGAGAAGUCAAAAGAGUUUGAAGGAUUGCAACACCUCGUGCUUAGAGUUACAUGUGAAGAGAAACGAAAUGUAUAUGGUUUUCAUGGAAAUCGUAGUCUACCAUUUCUUCGUAUUACUUUGGCAUUGCCACGUUUAAUUGCACCAGCUAAACGUAUAUUAGACAAUGGUUUAUCAUUUGCUGAUUAUUCAUUACAGUCAUAUCCUGCUUUUGAAGCGAAUAUUGAUUUUGAAAUACGUUUUAUGACUGAUACACAAAUGACUGGAUGUAGCUGGGUUGAAGCACCAGCACAGAAAUAUCACUUGAGAGAUUCUACAAAGAAAUCGGAUGAUGUGAAAAAAUCCAUAGAUCAAAAAUUAAAUUCUGUUAAUUCUUCAACGACCUAUACUACAAAUGGUUAUAGUAGUGUUGCAAAAAAUGGUGUUGAUGAUCACUCGACAUUGUUAACUAGUCAAACAAGAUGUCAAAUUGAGUUUGAUAUAGCAUGGGAUGCUUUGAUUGUUCAUUCACCUGAAGGUCAAUGGAGUAAUAUCGCACCAUUACGUGUACUGAGUUUUGAUAUUGAAUGUGCCAGUCGUAAAGGUGUAUUCCCUGUACCCGAUAAAGAUCCAGUUAUACAGAUUGCUAAUAUGGUUACUAACUAUGGGGAAACAACACCGUUUAUACGUAAUGUAUUCACAUUGAAUACAUGUGCACCAAUUGUUGGUUCACAAGUUAUUUGCCAUCAAACGGAAGAAGAACUGUUAGCUAAUUGGUCAGUGUUUGUGCGUGAAGUUGAUCCAGAUAUAAUCACUGGUUAUAAUAUACAAAAUUUCGAUCUACCUUAUCUUAUUAAUCGUGCUAACACCUUAAAAGUUGAUGGUUUUGAAUUUCUUGGUCGUAUACGUGGCGCACGUUCUACAAUACGGGAAGCUAUGACUCAGUCAAAACAAAUGGGUCGUAGAGAGAAUAAAUUUGUAAAUAUUGAUGGACGUGUACAGUUUGAUUUAUUACAGAUAUUAUUUCGUGAUUAUAAACUUCGAAGUUAUACAUUGAAUGCAGUGAGUUAUCAUUUUCUUGAAGAGCAAAAAGAAGAUGUACAUCAUAAUGUCAUUACUGACUUACAAAAUGGUGAUGCUCAAACACGAAGACGUUUAGCUGUUUAUUGUUUAAAAGAUGCUUAUUUACCAUUACGUUUAUUAGAUAAAUUAAUGUGUAUUGUAAAUAAUAUUGAAAUGGCUCGGGUUACUGGUGUACCAUUAACAUACCUACUUACACGGGGUCAACAAGUCAAGGUUGUGUCUCAGUUAUUGCGUAAAGCCCAUGAACAUGGUUAUUUAUUGCCAACAUAUCAGUCGCAACAGGGUGAUGAAUUCGUCGGUGCAACAGUACUGGAACCACGCAAAGGUUUUUAUAAUGAACCGAUAGCUACAUUAGAUUUUGCUAGCCUAUAUCCAAGUAUAAUGAUGGCUCAUAAUCUAUGUUAUACAACUUUGUUACAAGUGAAUACAACACCACAUGGUUCAACGGGCGGUGGUAUUCAAGCACUUGUUCAACGUUAUAAUUUAACUGAUGAAGAUUAUAUUAAAACACCGACUGGAGCGUAUUUUGUUAAAUCACAUAUCUGUCAUGGUAUUUUACCGGAAAUUUUACAACAGCUUUUAAGUGCCAGAAAAAAAGCUAAAGCUGAACUUGCUAAAGAAACUGAUCCAUUACGUAAACGUGUUUUAGAUGGACGUCAAUUAGCAUUAAAAAUUAGCGCUAAUUCUGUUUAUGGAUUUACUGGUGCACAAGUUGGUAAAUUGCCUUGUUUAGAAAUAUCCGCUUCUGUUACAUCAUUUGGACGUUUAAUGAUUGAACAAACAAAAUUACAUGUUGAAAGUAAAUUCAAUAUUGCUAAUGGUUAUAAACAUGAUGCUGUGGUUAUUUACGGUGAUACAGAUUCAGUGAUGUGUAAAUUUGGUGUAUCCACAGUAACGGAAGCUAUGGAAUUAGGUCGUAAAGCUGCUGAAAUUAUAUCUGAAGAAUUUCCUAAACCAAUUCGAUUAGAAUUUGAAAAGGUGUAUUGUCCAUAUUUAUUAAUCAAUAAAAAACGUUAUGCUGGUUUGUAUUUUACAAAACCAGAUCGACACGAUAAAAUGGAUUGUAAAGGUAUUGAAACUGUACGUCGUGAUAAUAGUCCAUUGGUGGCUAAUUUAAUCAAUGCAUGUUUAGAGCGUAUAUUGAUUGAUCGUGAUCCAAACGCAGCGAUUAGUUAUGCUCAAUCAGUGAUCUCAGAUUUAUUAUGCAAUCGUAUUGACAUUUCACAAUUAGUUAUUAGUAAAGAAUUAACAAAAACCGAUGAAGAAUACUCCGGUAAACAAGCUCAUGUAGAAUUAGCUGCAAAAAUGCGUAAACGUGAUCCAGGCUCAGCGCCAAAUUUAGGCGAUCGUGUACCUUAUGUAAUUACUGCUGUAGGUGGGAAAAAUACAGCAGCUUAUGCAAAAGCUGAAGAUCCUCUUUAUGUAUUAGAGCAUAAUAUACCGAUUGAUACAAAGUAUUAUUUGGAAAAUCAAUUAGCUAACCCUUUACUACGUAUAUUUGAACCAAUUUUAGGUGAAGUGAAAGCAAAAUCUGUACUGUUAAAUGGCGAACAUACACGUGUAAAAGCUGUGGUACACUCUACUGUUGGACAAUUAUCAGCUUUUACAAAAGUACGUGCAUCAUGUAUUGGAUGUAGAACAUUAUUACCUGCUGAUAAAACAGACGCAGCUUUAUGUAAAUAUUGUGAAUCACGUGCAUCAGAAAUUUAUCAAAAAGAAAUUGUACAGUUAAAUUUAUUAGAGAAAAAAUUCACUUCUUUAUGGACAGAAUGUCAACGUUGUCAACAAAGUAUACAUGAAGAAGUUAUAUGUACCAGUCGAGAUUGUCCAAUUUUUUAUAUGCGAAUGAAAUCACGUAAAGAUGUUGAUGAAGCAUAUAAAACAAUUCAACGUUUUGGUAAUCCUAAUUGGUAAAUCAAUAAGAAAAUAAAGGAGUCACAUUCAUUGAAUUAGUCUAAUCCAUUGUAAAAAGAACAAACAACAAGAAUAUCCUUUAAGAUCAUUUUAUCCGUAACAUCAUUCUCUCUCAG